CGAAACCUAAAAUCCAAAUUUGAUUUGCCAAAAAAAAAAGGAUUGUCGAUCGUAAAAAAAUCGGUGCAAGGGUGUUGUUCUUAAAAAAAAUAUGACCGAAACUUCGCCUGAUUCAGAAAUAGAUAUAAAUCUCUUCAUAUUAAAUUAUAAAAAUUUAGUUUCUUCUUUGGAAAAUCAGCGAUCCAAUGUUGAUAUUCCUGUAAUAAAUUAUCAUAAAUUCUUAACAGAACAAGAAUUUUUUUUCAAUUCCGGAGAAAAAAUAAACCACAUUCGUUCUGAACAUAAUGUGAAUUGGGAAGCAUCAGAAAUUAAUCAAUUUUUUACUGCAUUACAGCGAUGUGGUAAACAUAAUCCCGUCGAGAUAUCGAGAAGAAUAAAAACGAAAACUCCUUUACAAGUUAUUAUGUAUAUUGAAAAAUUAGAAAAUGAGCUACGAUAUGCUAAAGAAAUUGGAAGAAUCAAGAAUGAACCUUUGAACUAUGAGCAUAUACCGGCUGCUAGAGAAAUGAGUAAAGAAUGGGCCAAACUUGAAGAUAAGUCUGCUAAAAUGUUGAUUCAAAAACUUGAAGAAAAUGAGAUAAGUUGCGGGAUUGAAAUUGAUUCUAUCACUAAUGAAUCGAAAUUGCAACAGGAUAAAUCAAAGAUAGAAUUAUUCAAGUUUGAUAUGGAGACCAAAGAUAAAGAACUUCCAAAUCAUAUUUUAUGCUCACUUUAUGAUGUACUAAGAGGUUGGUUAACUAUUAUUAUUUAUGACUUAAUUAUCUUAAAUCAACAUCAUGAAAGACUGUAUCCGCAAGAGAAUAUUAAGCAUUUGUACAGGAAAUACGUAGAGUAUUACGAUUUCGUGGUUAUAAAAUUAAAGGUGAUUUUCGUCAACAUAUGUUACCAAAUCGAAUAGUGACGGGACAAGUAAAUAUUAACUCAAAAGAUCAGUCAAGCAAUAUUGAAGUUCCCGGAAGAAGUAUUUCGAACAUUAAUUUAAUAAAUAAACGUGACGACUGGUCUACCGAUGCAGAUGAUAUUGAAGUUGGUGAAUGGGGAAAGAUUUCAGGAAAUAGUGAAAAUGAAGGUAUGGAAACGGAAGAUACGCAAAACUCAGAUUCUUCAAAUUGUGAAAGUUCUGAUGUAGAAGAAUGUGAAGAAUAUGUGAAAUGGAAAGAACAAUUUGAACAAGAUCAUGAAUUAGAAUUAAA